UUUAGGACGCGUAUCCAUGACACCUGGACGUACCGUAUAACAUUCGUUCCAACCAAACAAUUCGUACAAACCGGGUUUUCAGUCGUCCGACAGUUUCCAUCUUGCGACCGAGACGGCCUCGUUCGAAUUUCCACAUACCUAACUGUCGUGCCGUGAUAUUAUCGUACUUAAUAUUGCUGUAAUUAUUAAACGUUUUCGGAUAAAAUGUCUUCAAACGCAGUAGAUGAACCUGCAGCAGACGCCGUCGUAGAAGCUGUUGCCGACGAUGGAGUAGCCAAACAAACUCCAACCGUCGAUUUGGCAGAAAAGAAACAGUUGUCGAUCGAACCACUGACCGCUUUUUCAGACGAAUCAUACGCAUGCGAUCGGCAAUACGCAAUCGUGCUGGCGCAACUCAUGUCGGUCAAAGAACGCGACAAAGUGUACACGUGGAUCGACAGGAUAGAUACAAUGAAAGACAGCAACGAUAUGCGCGAGGAACGUGACCUGUACCUGAAAUUUUUAACCGUUUCGCUGAAUAAUGGCAAACUGGUGCCACCGUUCACUAAGGAUCCACCAGCGGGAUUGCGCCCGCUCAGCACUAUCGUGCCCAGGUCCGUUUACAAUUUCAUCUUCAAGGGAAAAUACUCCACUGGUGACUGCAACCAGCGUCCCCCCGAGGAGAUCGUUCACAGGCUCAGUCCACCAGAUGAAGUCGAGCCCAGCCAGUUCUUCGCCCGGCAACCAGUGCCACACAACGGUGGCCUCGUAUACGCCGCCGCAUUCAGCACCAAAAAAUAAAACGAAACGAAAACACAAACAUAACCAUAUUCUUGUAGGGUGUUUCGUAUUAAUGACGUGAAUAAAAUAAAUACGUUCGAUGCGAUA